CUUUAUUCCACACACACCAUAUUUAUUUCAAAGUUAAUUUUCUCUCUCUUCACCAAAGAAAUCUGGAAAACUCUCUCAUUCUCAAACAAACCCUAGCCGCCGCCUCCUCCCUCCUUCAGUGUGUCUCCGGCGGUCGUUACAUUGCUCCACCAUCUUCAUUUUUGAAAAUCCAUCACCAUAAAAAGAGUCCCCUCCAUCUUCUCUACAAAACCCAUUUAAAAAUAUCAGGAACGGACAACCUUCGCCGGUGACCACCACGCCGGAGCUUGCAACCACCGCGCCGGGACCAAAGUUGAAGGAUCAGUGAAAGACAAGAAGCUUGAAGGAGAAAAAGUAGAAGUUGCAGGCUUUGGCCAUCAAGAGAAGCUAAUAGAGGAGUUUCUCUUCAUCAAAUAUGGAUGAGAAGAUGAAACAUUUUCAAAAGAAAUUAACAGAAUUGGAACUCGAAGCUGAGCAUCUUCUUUUAGCCCGACAUCAGCUGGUUGAGAAUGAUAAGUUGAGGAAUGGGAACAGAGAAGCACUUACUGCGCUAAGGAAAAAGGCUCGGACAACAACUACUAGUGUUCCAUCUCCUUUUGGAUCAAUAAUGAAGGGAGUUUCAGGGACCGGCUCAAGACCUUUGGUACAAGAGGUGUGUACCACCUGUGGUAACCAUGACUCUUUUGAGCAGACGUGGACGAUGUUUCCGGGAACUGAUCUGUUUGUGGGAAUUCCAUUUCAUGCUGCUCAUACUAUAUUGGAAACAGAUCAAGCAGAGCUUGACUUUGAGGCAAAGAAACUACAGAGCAUUGUGAAGGACAAGUCGUAUCUUAUAUCAGAGAAAGGUGCUCUCGCCGACUUGAUAAGUCCAGGAGUGCUUAAAUCACUUGUAACCUUAAAUGACAAACCAAAGUAAGAUGUGUUUUGCUGACUAUCAGACGAUGGCAUGUCACAGUGUCUUCUGGAAAGAAAAAAAAAACCUAAGGUAUUUAGGGGGUUUAUAUUGUCUUUAUAAUGGAGACAAGUGAAUAUGCUUUACUCUUUUUGAGUCACUCUGUAAAUCAUGUGUCCUAAAGUUUUAGAAGCUGCUCAUAAGACUUUAACAUACCCUGAGAAAAGGGUACGAAAUUAUGAGUCAUUCAAACCUCUUUUUGUUUUAAUCCACAGGCUUAUUAUUAUAGCGACAUCUUAUUUAGAUUUGAA